CGGUCACAGGCCUCGGGGUCUAGUGGGAGGAGCAGGUGCCGGGAGUCUUCGGCGCUUCCUGUUUCCGGUGUCUGGAGAGGGGCGCAGCGCAGCGCCUGGGGGGACACUGGCCGCUGCCGGGCGCUGUGGGGCCGGUGUCUGCCCACCGCUCGCUGGCCCCUCGCUGGCCGCGUCUCCCGACCUCGGGAACAUAUCCACCCUGGGCUUCUGAGCUUUGCCGGUGACACGAUGUUCCCCUCCCCCAGCUGCUGGAGGACUGGGUUGUUCCUGUUGCUGCUCCUGGCUGUAGCAGUGAGAGAAUCCUGGCAGACAGAAGAAAAAACCUGUGACCUGGUAGGAGAAAAGGAAAUGGAGUCCAAGAAAGAGGUGGCUCUGCUACAGAGAUUAGAACCACUGUUCAACAAAAGUUUUGAGAGUACCGUGGGCCAGGGCUCAGAGACAUAUAUCUACAUAUUCAGAGUAUGCCGGGAAGCUGGCAACCACACCUCUGGGGCAGGCCUGGUGCAAAUCAACAAAAGUAAUGGGAAGGAGACUGUGGUAGGGAGACUCAAUGAGACUCAUAUCUUCAAUGGAAGUAAUUGGAUCAUGCUGAUUUAUAAAGGGGGUGAUGAAUAUGACAACCACUGUGGCAAAGAACAGCGUCGUGCAGUGGUGAUGAUCUCCUGCAAUCGACACACCCUAGCGGACAAUUUUAACCCAGUGUCUGAGGAGCGAGGCAAAGUCCAAGAUUGUUUCUACCUCUUUGAGAUGGAUAGCAGCCUAGCCUGCUCGCCAGAGGUCUCCCACCUCAGUGUGGGGUCUGUCUUACUUGUUACAUUUGCAUCUCUAGUUGCUGUCUAUAUCAUUGGAGGUUUCUUAUACCAGCGGCUGGUGGUAGGAGCCAAGGGAAUGGAGCAGUUCCCUCAUUUGGCCUUCUGGCAGGAUCUUGGCAACCUGGUAGCAGACGGUUGUGACUUUGUGUGCCGCUCAAAACCCCGAAAUGUGCCUGCUGCGUAUCGUGGCGUGGGGGAUGACCAGCUGGGGGAGGAGUCAGAAGAAAGGGAUGAUCAUUUACUACCAAUGUGAUUGUGCUUUAAAUAUCCAGCCACUUCUUCAGUCCCCAAACCAAAGCACCCGCAGCCAGAUUUCUCAAGCCAUCUCCACUCGUCUCCUCUAGCCCUUCACAUUGUUCUUUUGCUUUUGACUUGCAUCCUCUAAAACUGCCUUCCCUUUGAUCCCUGUUUCCUCUGCAGAAGUACAUUUCUAAGGUAGAGGUGAUGGGGCCAGUGAAGGCAGAGGCUACUGGACUGUCUAUUGUUGACAGAAAGUACAAGUAGGCCAGGUAAAGUGGGCAGAAAGCUCACCAGCCCUAUCUUGUCUAAACAUUUUCACAAGUUUUUGAGACACUGGAUUUCUUAAUUAAAAAAAGCAAAUAUUAUUUAUACAUUUGGUUGCUUUCAUGUUGUUACUGUCCCCUAGUCUCCAUGAGAAUCUGGGUGUAACUUCUUGCUGCUUAACUUCAGUGAUCACCUGGCUGUAACCCAAGUAUCCAUUUGGUCUGAGCCUGGAGAUAAUUGCUUGCUUCUCCCAUGUCUGGAAAUAAGGCAGGAAAAACUGUGAAGGAUUAUAAGGAACCAUCACAUUGUUUGUAGGUCUCUGGAUGACUUUAUAGCUGGAAUUGGUCCUGGACUGUGGGUUAAGUUCAUACAUAGUCCAAAUGCCUAAUCAAGCAGUCCAGGCAAUUGGAAAGAAAAGUUGAAGCAGACCUAUGUUGUAGAAGUUCCAGAACAGAUAUGGUCACCUCACGGUGGGAUAGCCUUGACUUUCUUCUGUUUAUUGCAAAGCUGUUCUUACUCUUCCUCUAUCAGUACUUCUAAGCAUAUGUUGCACUUUUUCACAGGCCUGAAGUUUGGCUUUAUAUUGUUUUCUCCCAAUCUUCUGGAAAGGGAAUGGAAGCAGAAGUGGAUAUGGAGGGCUCUGCAGUCUGCUGCUCUGGGCGGGGAGUGCUGCACCUGUACCUUCUGCUGGCUCAGGGAAGUGUCUUAGCCACGUGUCUAUGGAGAAAGGUCUCUGAUCCUCUCCGACUUCUGUCUUUUCUGUGUAGGCCAUGUGCCCAGAAUUCCCAGGCUCAACUCUGUCACAGUGAGCUCCUGGGCCACUAAAUAACAUGGCACCACUGAACACAAGAGAGAUGGAAUAGGCAGGGGGCUGUUUGUUACCUUUAGAGAAGAAAAAUUAUGUCAUUUUUUUAACUUUAGGGUGGUAAUGGGUUUUUUCUUUCUACACAGAAAAAAUGUUACUAAAAAAUGGCAUCUCGUUUGUUUUUGUUUGCAUUCCUCCCCCAUGUUUUAAAUGAAAGGAAAUAAUACACUUUUUGUACAAAAA